UUGCGCACGGACACAAAGACAGACAGCUUAACUGGUUUUCUCCUCUUUACACAAUCAUUAUCUGCUGCUCAUGGGACAAACACAUCGGAUCCGUGCGGGGUUCGGGAGAUGGAUCUGUGUUUGUCGGCUCUUUGUUAUGGUUGUGUCUGUUGUUUGGGCCGUGCGUGAACUGUAGGCCAGACGAGACGAGUCCUGGUCGGGGUUCAUUGAGUCUCUUCUGAGAGUGGCAUCCCACAGAAAUACCCUCGUCUGCCAAGAGCUCCAUUCUGGAAGGUUCCUGAAACUUUCACAUGUGACAUUCAGCAGUCAUAGUGAGGAUGGGUUAUUUAGAGUUCAGAAUGUACUGUUAGUCAUUGUUUCCUGUCACUCUGGCGGCUGUCUCCGAGCCUGAUCCCAGGAUGACAUGAAGGAAAAAUCCUGCUGAUCUCUGAACACUAGGCCGAGCAGUGAGCUACAUCAGGGACGUGGACGGGUGAAAAGCAGGCCAUGUCACGGGUUCCCACACCCCCUCCCCCUGGGGAAAUGACAUCAGGACCUGUGGCAGAGAGCUGGUGUUAUACACAGGUAAAAGUGGUGAAGUUUUCUUACAUGUGGACCAUAAACAACUUCAGCUUUUGUCGGGAGGAGAUGGGAGAAGUCGUAAGGAGCUCGACCUUCUCUUCUGGCCCCAAUGACAAGAUGAAAUGGUGUUUGAGAGUGAACCCAAAGGGUCUGGAUGAUGAGAGUAAAGAUUAUCUCUCUCUCUACUUACUGCUUGUCAGUUGCCCAAAAAGUGAAGUGAGAUCAAAGUUCAAGUUUUCCUUACUGAACGCCAAAAGAGAAGAAACUAAAGCCAUGGAAAGCCAAAGAGCUUACCGCUUCGUCCAGGGGAAGGACUGGGGCUUCAAGAAGUUCAUCAGGCGAGAUUUUUUACUAGAUGAAGCAAAUGGACUUCUUCCAGAUGACAAGCUCACUUUGUUUUGUGAGGUGAGUGUGGUCCAGGACUCGGUAAACAUCUCUGGCCAGUCUAACACAAACAUGCUGAAGGUUCCGGAGUGUCAACUCUCAGAUGAUCUGGGUAACCUGUGGGAAGGAUCCAGGUUCACCGACUGCAGCUUGUUUGUGGGAGGGCAGGAGUUCAAAGCGCACAAAUCCAUACUGGCAGCGAGGUCGCCAGUAUUCAAUGCCAUGUUUGAACACAAAAUGGAGGAGAGUAAAAAGCAAUCAAAGUGCCGCAUCAGCAGUAUAUUACAAGACGAUCACUCAGAAGUUAAAUCCUCUGCUAACCGAGUAGACAUCAGUGAUGUGGAACCGGAUGUGUUUAGGGAAAUGAUGGUAUUUAUUUACACUGGUAAAGCUCCUAACCUGGAUAAAAUGGCCGACAACCUGUUAGCUGCUGCAGACAAGUACGCUCUGGAAAGAUUAAAGGUAUUAUGUGAAGAGGCUCUUUGUAACAGUUUGUCUGUAGAGAACGUGGCCGACAUCCUCAUUCUGGCCGACCUGCACGGCGCAGAGCAGCUCAAAGCACAAGCCAUAGACUUCAUUAAUAGAUGCAGUGUUCUCCGACAGUUGGGCUGUAAAGAUGGAAAGAACUGGAAUAGCAAUCAUGCAGCAGAUAUAAUGGAGACUGCAGGUUGGAAGGUGAUGAUUCAGUCCCAUCCUCACUUAGUGGCCGAGGCCUUCCGUGCUCUCGCAUCGGCUCAGUGCCCCCCUUUUGGUCUGCCUAGGAAACGACUAAAACAGUCCUGACCUUUGCCCUCACAGACUGCAUAGGACAUAACGCAUGAGGAGGCAACUUCCCUUCCCCAUUUGGCCCCCUCUUCACUCGUCCGUCGCCCUCACCAGAGACACAGUGGAGGAGCUUGAAUAAACCAGUGUUCUCAGCUAGAUCCAGAGGAAGAAGAAAUGGACUUCGCAGCGGUUGCCCUCAUGCCUCGUCCAAUGAGUCAUUUGAAAAAUGGCCUUAAAGCAUCUGCCCCUUGGUUCCCUCGUGUCUCUCCUUGUAGCUAUGUGCCUGCUGCGACUGAUCCCAGACCUGUCUGGAUUGCACUAGCUCCCACAUAAUGCAGUAGUUUUAACAUGGUGGUGUUUAGGACCUUCUGUGUUACGUGUUCUCAACGGGGAAGGGUUGUGUUGGUCUGACAUUUCAGAAAACCAAGUAUACUCUCGUUAAACGUAUAACCACACACACGCAUCGGGUGCAGAGACUGACACUUUUUAAAGUGAUGAUGUUGCCCAUAUUGCUGGCAGAAUGUCGCAUUGUAUGUUUGUCAUCAUUAAAAUCGGUGCAAGUAUUAACUGAGGUUGUGCUGUAGAAUACUAGGUGAGAUGUGAUUCACAUUAAGAGUAUUAAAGAUGUCGAUAUUUUGCACCAACUUAAACUAAUUGGUAAAAAUGAAGAAUUAUUUACCGUGCUGUUUACAGAAUUUGUUUUCCCUUUUUCCCCCACACAGUUUUGACCUUUAGUUGAGUUUACUUUCCAUGGUUACCAUACGCGAUGGAACAGGAGAUUUCUUUGUGUUUGAAAAAUGUAUUGUGGUACAAAAGAACUUGCUUUGGAAAUAAAAUGGAGAAAAAAAGCAAAUCUAAAUUUAUAUAUAUAUAUAGUAUAUGUAUGUCCAUGGUUUUUGUGAUUUUCAGCACACAAAUGUACAGUUGACUAAUGGUAUAGGUCAUGUCAUUUUUUUCAUCUCUAAUGUUAUUUGCUCUCAGGCCUUGAUGUGAUGUUUUCGAAAACAUUAUCAUCUUUUAACCACUGAUAUCCUCAAAUAAUACACAAGUUUUAACAGAAGAAUUGAUGUUUGUGCUUAUAUUUUUAUAAAAGCUUUACAUUUCUGCCUUUAAACCCUCCAAAAAUUGGCUCAAAAUAAAGAUAAUUUACCAUUA